AGCUGCCCGCGCGCCCGCCGCCGCCGCUCGACUCCACACCCGCCGGCGCAGCCCCGCCACGAGACUCUGACAGCGCGCGGCCAGCGCUGCUCGGGCGCACAGGCACGGACGGACCGCGGCGGCGGCGGAGGAGGACGCGAGGACCUCGGCCCCGCGCCAAGUGCGGGAGACGCGCGGGGCUGGCGGCGCGCAGAGGUCCCUUCUGAAGCAGCUGGGAGCUCAGAGGAGUGGGCCAGCCAGGAAAGCAAGAAGGGAUAGCGUGGAGCCCAGCCGGGGCCUGAGGAGUGAGCGUCAGCGGCAGACCACUGCACCUGGAGCCGCCAAGUCAGGAGGGCUACGCCACCAGGGAGACUCAAGAAGAAUCGAUGCUUCGGCCCCCAGCGACAUGUACACGGUGUAAUGACAGGAAAUGAGCAGGUUUGCAGGGAAACUGCUGGCCUGAAAUUUAAGAGGAAGGCGUCAUUGCUUCUUCACGUUAAUGAAGUGGAAUUCAGCGAAAACGUGCUUUCGAGAAGCUGCCACAGCCUCGGUGGCACGGCGUGUACCAGCUGCCCAGUGAGAAGCCUAACUGCGAGGGCCUUCGGGGUCCUGGGAGAGAGCCCACGCCUUGGACAGUGAGAAGCCUGGCUGGCCAGCUGGGCUCUGAACCGCAGGGCUCUGGCGGAGACCAUGGCCAAUGGCGUCGACGAGCUCAUCGGCAUCCCCUUCCCCAACCACAGCAGUGAGGUCCUGUGCAGCCUGAACGAGCAGCGGCACGACGGCCUGCUCUGCGACGUGCUCCUGGUGGUGCAGGAGCAGGAAUACCGCACGCACCGCUCGGUCCUGGCGGCCUGCAGCAAGUACUUCAAGAAGCUGUUCACGGCCGGCGCCCUGGCCAGCCCGCCGUACGUCUAUGAGAUCGACUUCGUCCAGCCCGAGGCGCUGGCCGCCAUCCUGGACUUCGCCUACACCUCCACGCUCACCAUCACCGCCUCCAACGUCAAGCACAUCCUCAACGCCGCCAGGAUGCUGGAGAUCCCGUGCAUCGUGAACGUGUGUCUGGAGAUCAUGGAGCCCGGCGGGGCCGGCGGGGGGCAGCACGACAAGGAGGACGACGACGAGGACGAGGAGGACGAGGACGACGACGACGACGAGGACGACGACGAGGACGACGACGAGGACGACGACGAGGACGACGCGGAGGACUUCGCCGACCAAGAAAACCUGCCCGACCCCCAGGACAUCGACUGCCGCCAGAGCCCUUCCGAGACGGACCGCCUCCCGGAGCAGGCCUACGCGGACCCGCCCGGGGCCUUCCCCGACUCCUUCCCGGCCGGCGGCCCCGGGCCUCUGGGCGUGAUCCGGGACUUCUCCAUCGAAUCUCUGCUGAGGGAGAACCUGUACCCCGAGGCCAGCCUGGCCGACAGGAGGCCUUCCUUGUCUCCGUUCGCCCCUGACUUCUUCCCGCACCUCUGGCCGGCGGACUUCGGCGCCUUCGCCCGGCUGCCCGAGCAGCCCACGGACAGCGGGCCGCUAGACCUGGUCGUCAAGAACCGGAAGAUUAAGGAGGAGGAGAAGGAGGAGCUGCCCCCGCCCCCGCCGCCCCCCUUCCCUGGCGACUUCUUCAAGGACAUGUUCCCCGACCUUCCUGGGGGGCCGCUGGGCCCCAUCAAGGCGGAGAGUGACUACGGUGCCUAUCUCAACUUCCUGAGUGCCACCCACCUGGGGGGCCUCUUCCCGCCCUGGCCGCUGGUGGAGGAGCGCAAGCUGAAACCCAAGGCCUCCCAGCAGUGCCCCAUCUGCCACAAAGUCAUCAUGGGGGCCGGGAAGCUGCCUCGGCACAUGAGGACCCACACCGGGGAGAAGCCAUACAUGUGUAAUAUCUGUGAGGUCCGCUUCACCAGGCAGGACAAGCUGAAGAUCCACAUGCGGAAGCACACGGGGGAGCGGCCCUACCUGUGCAUCCACUGCAACGCCAAGUUCGUGCACAACUACGACCUCAAGAACCACAUGCGCAUCCACACGGGCGUGCGGCCCUACCAGUGCGAGUUCUGCUACAAGAGCUUCACGCGGUCCGACCACCUGCACCGCCACAUCAAACGCCAGAGCUGCCGCAUGGCCCGGCCCCGGCGCGGCCGCAAGCCCGCUGCCUGGAGGGCCGCCAGCCUGCUCUUCGGGCCCGGCGGCCCGGCGCCCGAGAAGGCAGCCUUCGUGAUGCCGCCCGCGCUGGGCGAGGUGGGCGGCCACCUGGGCGGGGCGGCCGUGUGCCUCCCGGGCCCCAGCCCCGCCAAGCACUUCCUGGCGGCGCCCAAGGGCGCGCUGAGCCUGCAGGAGCUCGAGCGGCAGUUCGAGGAGACGCAGAUGAAGCUGUUCGGGCGCGCGCAGCUGGAGGCCGAGAGGAACGCGGGGGGCCUGUUGGCCUUCGCGCUGGCAGAGAACGUGGCGGCCGCGCGGCCCUACUUCCCGCUGCCCGACCCGUGGGCCGCGGGCCUGGCGGGCCUCCCGGGGCUCGCCGGCCUCAACCACGUGGCCUCCAUGUCUGAAGCCAACAACUAGGCUGGCCCUCGUCAACCCCAGUCUGGCGGCCCUGUCCCCUAUCCCACCAGGCCUCCCCUGCCCCACCCAGUGGGUCUGAACUUUUUCUUUGAAACACAAAGGAAACAUGAAAAAAUAUUAUCAGCAACAGUGGUAUUUCCCAGGCCUCCUAUGGCCUCCUGCCUCCCUUUUGAAGGUGUCUGAGAUGGACAUCUCCUCCCAAAGGGGCCUGGAGCCCGGGGCCUGGCCUCCACCUGUCUGUCGCUCUGGCUGUCACACAGAAACUCACAGGGGCCUGUGCCACAGAGGAGGCCACACCCUGGGUGCCCAGGAGCACUUUGGAGCUGUGUGGGGCUAGAUGGAGGAAGGGAGCUUGGCCAGAGGCAGACCGGAUGGAGCAGGGCUGAGGCCUACCCGUAGGGCUUGGGGCACACAUCCUCACCUAGCUGCAGCCCUAUGGCAGAGUCUCUACUGACCCGUCUCUGCUGGGUCAUUUUUCUAGUCUCCAGCCAUCCUGGGAUCCUUAUGGGAAAUACCCUAUUGGCAGGGAGGGCUCCUGGAAUCCGGGCCCAUUUUUCCCUCACUGUGCUGUAACCCCGGACAGGUCAGUCCUCUACCCUGCUACAAAGGGGGGCUGCUAAUUUAGUUUCCCCUCCCGAACCCACCCACACACAUACACACAUCUACACACCUGUCCCACCACAAAGAAUUCUUGAGAAGGUGGGAGCUUUGCACUCCUAAAGUCCUAUUGAAAACAUCUGUCUUACCGGAUUUGGUUUAAUCAUGUCUGCCUCUAUAGUAGCACAGGUGAGAAAUGUGGCCAAACUAGACAGGGGUGACAGAGAAGAGCUGAGGUGUGGCUUGUCCACAGGCAGCUUUGGGGAACUCCAGGUACUCCCCACCUCUCAGGCAGGCAGGCCACUGUGUCAGGGCCCUGGGGAUGACUCUUUAAGCAUUUACCCCACCUCCACACACCCCCUCCAGGGCUGUACAAAGUCUCUUGGGACCCCUGGGGCCAAUACAGAAGGGAGGGGAGCCACCUCUUAACACCUGAUGACUGCCCCCCUCCACCCUGAUUCCUGGAAACAGACAAAGCACCUGGUUACCCAGGGUUGAUGUUUGUUGUGGGUUUCUAGGGGCUUUGGUAUCUCCGGGGGUUGCCCCCUUUGCUGUAUUUGAGCACCCUCCCUCAUCCCUCGGGGAGGAAGCUGGGGUGUUUGACUUCCCUUGGUGGUGGGAAACAGAAUCUUGGCUCCAUUAUGGGUUUGAAGGGCUCUGGGAGUUAGGGCUGCACGCACACUCUCCCUGGUUCCUGAGUUUGUAGCAAGUUCUGAGAAGGAAGACCGCUUUGCUGGCCCAGCGCCUUCCUGUUCUUCUCUCCCCUUUCCUGCCCCUGUCCCCCUUCUCUUGCUGAGGUGGCCUUUGUUUCUCAGCAGCCCCGACAGUGGGAGGGUUCAUCUGCACGGAUUACGCAGGGCCUGUGUCCCCAAUCCAGGAGCUGUGGACACAAGAGACUUCGGCUCUUCUUAUCGCCUUGGCUUCUUCCUGAGCAAACACAAAAAAACAAAAAGGCCAGAGAAGACCACAGACUCUGUCCCCCUUGCAGCUUCCCAGAAGAGAACCCUGACUCCUCACUCCCCCAAAUGCCAUUCCAAUCAGAGGGAACUGCUUCUGACACCCUUUUGUCUUCAGAUGCCAUCUUUCUGGGCAGCCGCCUCUUAGAUUCCCGGCUCCGUUUCUGACACUCGCUUCUGGGACCCAUCCACCGACAUCCCCAUGCUUCCCCCCCAUCAGCCAAGGGAUUGGGGCUGACCCAAACUUUAGAAGAAAACAAGGAAAAAUGAACAAAUUGGAAUCCAGUGGUGUUGGGGCUUUUGUUUUUAUUUUGUAAAGGUAACGACUUCUUAUAAACUCAGUUUUUCAGACGACUCGUUACUUCUUUUUGUUUUCUCUCGGCUGCAGUGUGGAGUCGUACAUUGUAAAAUAUCCAAAGAUCUUGAGUACUGUAUGAUGGAGAAGAACCUGAUGCAAAUGGGUUGUGGGGGGCAGGGGUGCUUGUGUUUUGUUUCUUUUGUUUUUCUUUGUUUUUCCUUUUCUUUUCUUCCUUUGGUGUUUCCAUUUCCCUGUCUGUGGGAAAACUUUGGAAUUUUUUCCUAUUUAUAACUUUCCUUUUAUGUGAAUUCUUUAUGUAAAAUGACACAACAGAGUUUGCCUUAGUGAUUCAAAGGACAAUCUUCCAUAACUUUGGUCGCACGCCCCACCCCACCGAGAAAAACUCUCAGCUAAUUUUCUGGCCUAUUUAUUAAACAGUAUGAAUUGACUUGAUUGAAUUAUUGAGAGUUGCACUUCUGUGAGAGGUGACCAGCAACAAGCUAAUGGCUAGGUGUUCACCGCAAAAAGGAUUUGACGACCCGGUGUCACGGGCGUACCAUACUGUCCAAGACAUCUCUGCCUAAAACACAAACCUUUGACCCCUACACUUGAAGGCCAGUGUGGCGAGGAGCUAUGCUUAUUCAGUUUCCUGGUUCAGGCUGACUUCCUCGUUCCAGUGCUCCUUUCAGGUGUCAGGGGUGGUUCCGUGCUGGGGAGGCCAGAGCCGAACUCCUCAGCGUCUCCUACCUUUCAGAGGCGCGAGGCACUGGGCGAUCACAAGCUUUGGCGCAUCCGCGAGCCUGAGGGCAAACUUGUGCGUGUGCGCGUGCGCGCGCCUCUGCACGCCCGUGCGCAGGCGCAGGCGCAGUCUGUGGUGUGUGAGCCGGCGGAAGUCGCGGGCUUGCUGACCUUUUUAGCACCGGCAGGCCUCUGAGUUCCCUACUGUGCCAUCCACGGCGGCCUCCCUGUGCCCUUGCCUUCUCUCGUUUCCUGGCAAUGGAGCCGGACUUCUCUUCCCUUCUCACCACAGCCUCUUUCCCAGGGAACGCGAGAUCCUCAAAGAGGAUAGCUUCCAACUUUAUUUUAUUUGGACAUCGAAGACAAGUGCCUCUCUAAUCGUCACAGUGAGAUAUGCGUGAACAGAACAGCAGGCCAACAGAAGCACUGAGGCCGGGACUCGCGUAGGCUAUUCAUUCGCCUUCAUGUGCAGCCGGCAAGGUGCUUGCCUACAAGCCUCUGAAGACCAACAAUGAAGCAGAAAACAAAUUUGUUGAAAGGAUAUGGUCGCUCAGAGGACUGUUGGGAAAUUGGAGAGCCAGCCCCAGAAAACAGGGAGAAACCAAAAGAGGCAGGACAUCAGCAUCCCCACCUGCACCCUGGGAGACUGCCACGCCAAGAAUGUCACCUCCCCUGGGCACCACUCUCUCCAGGUGUGAAGUCCCAGGCAGGAGUGUCCAAAGAGCCAAGGCGACCGACCGCAUGGGUCUCCCACUCUAGCUGCCAAGAGACGGGAAAGGGGGUUCCUGGCCCUCUCAGCUUCUGCUCACCCUAAUACUCACUCAUUGGAGGGGUCUCCCAAGUGGGAGAGUUGUCAGAAUGCAGGAGCAUGGAAAGGUGCAGUCAGUGGACUUGGCUUGAGGACAGCGGUCCCCUGUCAUUUCUCUCAUCCGUUCAUACGAAGAAGCAGCACCAUCAUGGCUUCUGAUGCUAACAGCCGGGUCCAACCAUUAAUUUAGAUUUUUCUGUUUCAAAGACACUUAUCUAUGAUUUCAGGAUUUUUGAGAGUUUCCUGAAUCAUUUCCCAUUCUCAAUCCCUCUUUAUCACCACUAAGGAUGGCCUGAUAGGCUUACUAGAACAUAGGAGGCUGCUUUCCAAGCCUUUUGGUGCCACCGAUUCUCUGUACAACCUUGAGAAAGUUACUUCAACUCUCUAAAUCUCUAUUUUAUCAUCUGAGAAGUGAGGGGGUGGGUGGCAUGAGCCCCAGGAUGUCUUUCUGCUGUCACACCGCAAGAUCCCAUGCUUCUGUGUCAAGGAGCACUUGAAAGGGGCCUAAUUUCCCAACCAAAGGCCAUCCUCCUCUCUUUCCAGGAUUGCAGUUGCCCAACGCUCAGGAUGUAUAAGCCAGUGCUGUGUGAUGUAAAUAUUGUCAGGAAUGACACCACUCCUGAUCCAAAGUAACCCACUGGGGUUGCCAUUCACUAGCAAGCAAACAAGCCAGCACACGGGAUCACUUCGUCUUGCUGCUUUCCUGCGGGGAAGAGCUUGCUGAACGUUCUGUUCUCGAGCACACAUACACACACGCCCGUGUUGCCAUCGGAGUGCUGAAGGUCGCAUAUGUAAUUAUCUCUGCCAAAAGCUUUAUUUUUCAUGGGCUUUGCCUUAAUUGCGACACAGAACAAGUUCUUGGGCUUGCUUUCUGUUCACACUCUUAUUUUUUGCUUUAUUCUCUAUGCUGGAUAGUUACCUGUCCAUAGACGUGCCAGUUAAUGUCUACCUACAAAAUAGGACCUGGCCAGGCAUGUCCAGACACCAGACAGUGGGUUCUCUCUGAGGUGACUGUCUUCUCUCUCUACCCCCCACCUCCCUUCUGUGGAGGGGUGGGAAAGAGGGGGAGUUGAGGUAGGAGUAGAAAGUGAGGAAAAGUGCCUUUGAGGUGAACACUUGAGGGAGGGUGAGUAGGUAUGUGUAUCUACCUCCCAGGGUUGUCUGAAGAUAAAUCUCCACGACCAGACUCCAUGUUGCACCCUUGGGGUACCCUGUCCACACGCAUGUUACCCAGUCACGUGUCUUCCCACCAGAACUGAGCUCCUUGAGAGUGUUUGCAAUUCUUCUCGGAUUGACACAGGGCCUGGCCCCAAAGAAAGGCUUAAUAGGCACGCUGUUAAUAAAGAAUGCCAACUUGUACUUACAUAGUACU